AUAAUUUGCCUGCUUGUGAGCAAUGAAGGAAAUUUCUGCCAAUUCUGAAUCUGCUGAACAAGACAACCCAAAACCGUCAACACAUCACACAGGUCCAAAGAGCUGUAAGGGGAAUCGUUAUUUAGAUGUCAUUGUGUUUUGGAGUCUGCUGGGUGUUUUACUUCUAACUAGAUUUGUCACUCAUGGUGUCCACUACUUCAUUAUGAUUGAGGAAAGAGACAGCCUGAAUGCAAAUCUCUCCACUGUGAGUAAAAAACUUGCCGUCAUGACUGAGGAAAGAGACCUGCUGCGUGCCAACCUCUCUGAAAAUCUCAAAGAGCUUGAAGGGCUUCUGAGUUUGUACAAACAGAAAAAAACAUGUCCUGCAGGAUGGAGCAAGUUCAACCAUAGCUGCUAUCUCCUCUCUGAAAGAUCUGGUUCCUGGGAUGCAGCCAGAAGGGACUGCAGAGACAGAGGAGCAGAUCUGGUGGUUAUUAACAGCCCUGAAGAACAGACCUUUCUCUCUACGAUCACCACAGAAAAUGCUUGGAUUGGUUUAAAUGACAAAGAACAGGAGGGAACAUGGAAAUGGGUAGAUGGAACUCCACUGACUCUGAUGUACUGGGCAACAACACAACCUGAUAAUGGUGGAAAACAGGACUGUGCUUAUGUCAGAAAGGAUGAGAGAAGGUCUUGGGAUGAUGAUGGAGAUUCAACCAUAGCUGCUAUCUCCUCUCUGAAAGCUCUGGUUCCUGGGAUGCAGCCAGAAGGGACUGCAGAGACAGAGGAGCAGAUCUGGUGGUUAUUAACAGCCCUGAAGAACAGCCUGAUAGCAAAGCGGGAGGUCAAGGAUUACUAG